UAUCUUUGUUCAUUUUAGUCUUUGGAUAAGAGCUGGACAUCCAGGCCCUCGGAAAUCAGAGAAAAUGGUUCUUGGCCGUGCAGGAUACAAGUUUCAGAACUGGGCUCAGACGUAUGGCUCCACUCCAGAACUCUACUUCCAGCCAACGUCCGCGGACGAAAUUAAAGAAAUUCUAGAUCUUGCUCGUCAGAGGAGUAAGCGUGUGAAAGUGGUUGGAGGCGGUCACUCACCGUCGGAUAUUGCCUGCACUGAUGACUUCAUGAUCUGCUUGGACAAAAUGAACAAAAUCCUCAAGAUCGAUAAGGAAAGCAAGCAGGUGACGGUGGAAGCCGGGAUCCUUCUGGCGGACUUGAAUAAAGAGUUGGAUAAGCGUGGAUUAGCUUUAUCAAAUCUGGGCGCGGUGUCUGAAGUGGCGGCAGGUGGGGUGAUUGGCACAGGAACGCACAAUACUGGGAUUCACCACGGCAUCUUGGCUACGCAGGUGGUGGCUUUGACCAUGAUGACCGCGUCUGGGGAGAUCUUGGAAUGCUCGGAGUCCACAAACCCAGAAAUAUUCCAGGCAGCUCGACUCCACUUGGGAUCCCUUGGCGUGGUUCUCACUGUUACGCUGCAAUGCAAACCUGCCUUCAACCUUCAAGAGAUACAUUUCUCGUCAACACUCCCGGAGAUCCUUGACAAUCUAGAAAACCAUUUGAACAGCUCAGAAUAUUUCCGCUUCUUCUGGUUUCCCCACACGGAAAAAGUCAGCGCGUAUUAUCAGGAUCCUACAGACAAGCCCCCGUCGUCCAAGUCUAGCUGGUUCUGGGAUUAUUUUGUGGGGUAUUACUUUCUGGAGUUCCUGCUUUGGAUCAGCACCUUCCUACCCCGGAUCCUUCCUUACAUCAACCGCUUUUUCUUCUGGCUUCAGUUCUCAAGCAGAAGCGAGCGAGUAGACAUCAGUCACAAAGUAUUCAAUUUUGAAUGUCUUUUCAAGCAACACGUCCAAGAUUGGGCCAUUCCCAUAGAGAAGACCAAAGAUGCGUUGAUGCAGUUGAAAUCCUGGCUGGAGAAAAACCCUCACGUGGUGGCCCAUUUUCCGGUGGAAGUGCGGUUUGCCCGUGGAGAUGACAUCUUACUGAGUCCCUGCUACAACCGGGAUAGCUGCUACAUGAACAUCAUUAUGUACAGGCCAUACGGAAAGGACGUUCCUCACCAAGAGUACUGGCUGGAAUACGAGAAUAUCAUGAAAAGAGUUGGAGGACGACCCCACUGGGCCAAGGCUCACACGUGCACUCGGAAGGACUUUCAGCAGAUGUAUCCCGCGUUCUCCAAGUUUAAGAGCAUCAGAGAGAAACUCGACCCGACCGGGAUGUUUCUGAACACGUACCUGGAGAAGGUCUUCUACUGAGAAGAAACUGCCCCAAAGUUCAAUGAAUGAACAUCAGAACUGACACAGAACACGAGUGAUUAUUCAUAUGCAGUGAUCCUGAUCUGAUUCCCUUUCAUGCAUAAUAGCCGUGACCGUUAAGCGUGUUGAAACUCAAAACAUUCCCUGAUCUGUAUUGAAAUGUGGAAACUCUGUGCAAAGUUCUAAAAGUGGUCUUAUCACCAUAGCAACCAGUGAAAAUGUCCAGCUGAUUGGUCCAUUUGAAUUAGAAUCACUUUUUACACACAACACAUUGAGAUCAGAACAAACAAAGAAAAAAGAAUAAAGGGAUACGUGAGGUGGGUUUAAUAAAUUGGAACGGUAAACGCAA